AUGAACAUCACCGACUGCCCGCGGGGCUCUGGCCCAGAACGGACAAAGUCUUUCGCUGAGAAGACGGCGGUCGCUCUGACCCUGUCCCUGGUCAUGAUACUGACCGCAGCGCUGAACGGGGUGGUCAUCGCUGCCAUCUCGCUGACCAAGAAACUCCAUCAGCCGGCCAACUACCUGAUCUGCUCGCUGGCAUUGACGGACCUCCUGGUUGCCCUGACGGUGAUGCCCCUCAGCAUCCUGUACAUCAGUGCCGAGACAUGGCUCCUGGGACAGGCCGUCUGCCAAGCCUGGCUUAGCUUGGACAUGACCUUCUGCACCUGUUCCAUCCUCCACCUGUCCGCCAUCGCCCUGGACAGGUACUGGGCUAUCACCGACGCCGUACAGUACUCACGGAGGAGGACGGGCAGAAGGGUGGCAGGCAUGAUACUUGCAGCCUGGGUCCUUUCCGUCUCCAUAUCCAUGCCGCCCCUGUUCUGGAGAAGCCGGAUGGUCAAUGGGACAAUGGAGCAACAAUGUACCAUCAGACAUGACCACGCAAUCUACACCAUCUACUCCACGUUUGGAGCUUUCUACGCCCCGCUGGGCUUGAUCCUUAUCCUCUACUACCGUAUCUACCGUGCAGUCAGGACUCUUCACCGCCGGCGAGCUUCCAGCUGCAAGUUGGCUCACACCUCUUGCCCGUCAGAGGCGCCGCAACCGGGUAGCCAGCUGGGCCGGGAGAAGGGGGUCGGCGAGCAGCUCGUGUCCAUGGGGAGGGAGCGCCGGGCGGCCAAGGUCCUGGGUCUCAUCCUGGGCGUCUUCGUUCUGUGCUGGCUGCCCUUCUUCGUUAAGGAGCUGCUGGCCGGGAUGCAGGUUUGGGCCGCCUCGCCCACCAUGGGCGACCUGCUCACCUGGCUGGGCUACCUCAACUCCCUGGUCAACCCCCUCCUCUACACCAGCUUCAACCAGGACUUUGCAACUGCCUUCCGCAGGAUGGCCAGCUGUGGGAGGUACGGAUAGCGCUCGGAGAAAGC